AUAAAUAUUAAAAUUAUAUAAUGCAAAGCAUGCAAAGUAAUAAGAUUAUAGAGAAAAAUUGUUUUUAAUAAAAAAUGAUGCGUCAGUCUAUAAUAUUUCUGUCAAGCCAUCAAGAAUUUAAUUCGUGACUCGAGGUAAAUAUAAUUAUAUAUUAAAUCACUCACCAUAUUUUCGUGCUAUAAAAUGCAAAUCUUUGAGUUAGCGCGCGUAGUGGUACUUUGGCAAGUCGAUGAGCAACAAUCAAGUUUUCGAGUUGAUCAAAAAAGUGUGCAAGUGAUAUGUCGUUGAUCAAGAGAAUUACUUAUGAAGAAGAAAAAAAGAAAAAUCCCGAGUUAAAAGAUUCGGAUAUACAAAUCCUAAAAGAAUGGUCUAUGAAACAACCGCAUCUUCCGAAAAUUUUAGACAUAGAAUAUGUUUUGUUUCUGCAUAGUAAUUACUAUCGUAUUGAGGCUGCUAAAAACACUAUCGAAGAUUAUUAUACAUCCAGAACUCAUAUGCCAGAAUUUUUCUCCGACCGCGAUCCACUUGGAACAAAACAAUUGCGGGAGAUAUUUAAAGUUACAGCGCAGAUAACAUUGUCAAUGCCAACGAAGGAGGGAUACAAACUUGUUUACUCAAGAUUAAUAGAUUAUGAACCGUCACGUUUUGUUUAUAACGAUGUCAUGAAAUAUUUUUCUAUGGUUGUCGAUUUGUGGUUGUACACCGAAGGAACUGCCGAAGGCCAUAUAAUUAUCAUAGAUAUGGCAGGUGUUACUUUCGCUCAUGCUGGUCGACUUAGUCCCAUAGGAAUUAAGAAAUAUCUUUAUUAUUUACAAGAAGGUAUACCAAUCAGACUCAAAGGUUUGCAUUUUGUCAAUACAAAUGCAGUCAUGGAUAUUAUUUUGUCAAUGAUGAAACCAUUUAUGAAGAAAGAAUUAAUGAACAUGUUACAUAUUCAUCCCACAAAAGAUACGCUGGCCAAAUUUGUACCAUUGGAAGCAUUUCCUUGCGAUGUAGAUUUAGAUGGGAAAGGCAGACCGUGGAAAGAACAACAAGAGGAGCAAUUGAAAAAGUUGGAGGAUCAUCGCGAAUGGUUUCUACAAGAUGAAAUCUCAGGUCGUGUAAAUGAAGCCUUAAGAGUAGGCAAAAGCAAGACGAUGGAUUUAUUCGGAGUCGAAGGAAGUUUUAAAAAAUUGGAUAUAGAUCUUAGGCAAAAGAUUAUCGAUAUAAACGAAGAUAUCGAUCGCUCUCGUAAAGCAACGAUGUCCGCACUACCGAAUCGAUACGUUAGUAUAGAAGAAGAAUGCAAACGGAAUCCGGAACUCAAGAUGUCAGAUUUGCAAAUGUUGAAAGAUUGGAUGGAAAAGCAACCUCAUUUGCCGCGAACAGAAAUGUUGUAUCUUGUUAUGUUUUUGCACAGCAAUUAUUAUCGCAUAGAACCAACCAAGAAGACGAUAGACAAUUUUUUUACUAUAAGAACGCUUUUACCAGAAGUAUUCUGUAAUAGAGAUCCAAUCGCGUGGAAAGAAUUGCGGAAAGCCUUUUCUGUCAUAACAGCUAUACCACUAGAGCAAAGAACCAAAGAAGGAUAUAUAAUGACGCUAGCUAAAUUUCUGGAUCCAGAUCCUAAUAAAUUCGAUUUUUUUGAAUGCCAUAAAUAUCUAUUUAUGACAUGCGAGGUGCAAAAUGUGACACUAGGCACCACCGCAGGGCAACUCAUUAUCCUUGAUGCAACUGGUUUAUCGCUUGGCCAUGUGACUAAUAUCAUAGCUAAUAUAGUCGGAAUGAAAAAAAUUUUAUUCUACAUACAAGAAGCUGCUCCGAUUCGAUUAAAAGCCUUACAUAUACUGAACGCUAUGCCAAUAGUAGAUACGGUAUUGAAUCUGAUGAAACCUUUUUUGAAGAAGGAAUUGAUAGAUCUUCUACAUUUUCAUUCAAAUAUGGAAACUGUGAAGGAAUUCUUGCCUAUCGAAGCUUUGCCAAACGAAUACGGUGGGAAAGCGGGAUCUGUCAACGAAAUAGCUGCCAAGCAUAUCAAAUUACUGGAAGAAUAUCGCGAUUGGUUUCAGUAUGACGAAGUUGCUGGACGAGUGAACGAAUCCUUGAGAGUUGGCGAAUGCCAAAGUAUAGAUAAUUUGUUCGGUGUGGACGGUAGCUUUAAGAAGUUAGAAAUAGAUUAAUCGAUGGAAUUCAAAUUUCUUCAGAAAAAUUUUUAUUAA